CGGAAAGCAUUUGAUAAAACGCGAUUAAUGACUUCUAAGUGAUAAUACAAACAGAUAUACUCCCUAUCCGUCGAAUCAGACAGACGGUGAUCGGAACACGCGUCGUAAGCUAAUCUAGAUCUAACCCAAUAAGAUUGUCGUUAUUUGUACAUUAGCAGUAAAAGUUGUCGUAUUUACUUUUUUUUAAAAUUGUGUUAUGUGUAUUGUUUUUUUGUCUUUCUCACAAUGAUCACUUUUUAUCUGUGGCUGAACUGUUUAUUUCUGGUAUGUGCUCUUACAGCAUCGACUGUCGACAAACAGUUGAACGAUCGACCGAUCAUUGGUAUUCUAACGCAAGAAAUAAGUUAUAAAUUAAAUAAAUCGUAUCCCAACAAAUAUCACAGCUACAUCGCUGCAUCGUACGUGAAGUUUGUUGAAGGUGCUGGUGCUCGUCCUGUUCCAAUUUGGAUUGGGAAAGACAAUUCAUACUACGAGAAUAUCUUGAGCAAAGUUAAUGGAGUUUUAUGGCCGGGAGGUUCGACGUACUUUUACCCCGACGAAGGAUAUGCCGAUGCGGGCGCCAAGAUCUACAGAAUCGCGAAGAGAAUCAAUGACAGAGGAACGCAUUUCCCAAUAUUCGGCAUCUGCCUUGGUUUCGAACUUUUGACAUACGUUGCGGCUAAUCGCAUUGAACACAGGACAAACUGUUCUAGUAUAAAUCAACCUCUUCCGCUGGAAUUCAUGCACGAUUACAGAAAAAGCACACUGUUUGAAAAUGCUCCAUCGUAUAUUAUAAAUAUUUUAAGAACGCAAAACGUUACGGCGAAUUUUCAUAAGUUUUGCGUUACUAAAGAGGAUUUACGCAGUGUUAAUUUAAUGAACAAAUUUCGUGUGAUCUCACUGAAUCGCGACAAAAGGGGUUUAGAAUUCAUCUCGUCGUUAGAACACAAAUUCUACCCUUUUUACGGUGUGCAAUUUCAUCCAGAAAAAAAUCUUUACGAAUGGGUAACUGGCAAAAAUAUACCCCACGGGCAUAACGCGACUCUAGUAACUCAAUAUUUCGCUAAUUUCUUUGUUAGCGAAGCUUCUAAAAACUUGCAAGAAUUUCCAUCGAAGCAGGACGAGGCACUGAGUUUGAUCUACAACUAUCCAGUUAUCUACACGGCUCUGCAAAAUUCAAGCUUUCAACAAUGUUAUGUGUUUACAAAAACUGAUAGAAAUAAUAUUUUUACAAAUAACGUAUAAAACAGUUAACAUUUAACAUUUUACUACAUAAUUUAUACA